CUCUUUUCUUCCUUGAUUUUUUUCUUCUUUAUGUUAAAUCUCUCGCCUUCCCUUUGUCACCCACCGUCAAGAUAUGCAGCCAAGUUAUGGCGGACCGGAAUUCCACCGUCACCACCACCACCACCAAUUCAUGGAAAAUGAUGAAUGUUGCUCAUCUGUGUUACCCAUUUCCAAUCCAUCUCAAAAUCUAAACCUUCCAUUUCAAUCCCAUCCACCACAACACAAACAACUAGAACAUAUUUUCUUGCAGCAUCCGCAGAAUUCCAUUGCACAUCAAUUGUUCCACCCUCAGCAUCAACCCCAACUGCAACAUUUUAGGCAAUUUGAACUACAUGAAGAGAGAUUGCACUCAGAAGUACGGCAACAACACCAGCAGGGACAAGCCCUAUCACCACAUCCGCCUUUUUUCUCUAUGAAAUUCAAGUUGGGACUCGACCAAGAUGGUGGCAGCAAAGAGAGUGCUUUGAAUCGUCAAGAAGCUAGUGAUUUUAUUAAUGGAAAUGAGCAUAAUCCUCCACAGGUGCCUCUGGUGAUUCCUCAUUGUUGGCAUCCCCAGGAAGAUUCUGCGUCUAUCAAAGAACCUUUUUGGAAACAGCUCAGUGCAAGUAAAAAUAAGCAGCAGUACUAUGAAAAUGGAGAGCCAGAAGCUCAGAGAAACAAAAAUAAUCACUAUAAGCUCUUGGAAAUACAGCAAAUUGAUGAAAGAAGUGAAAGGUGCACGGAUAUGGAGAACCAAUACGGGCCCUUUGGCGAGCUUGAGGCUAUCUACAGCCUUGCAAAAGCCGGUGAAGCAAAUCAAACAGGUUCUGGGUCCGCUCUCACCGGUGAAACCUCACCAAAGCAUGCCGGUCUUUCAGUGCCAUUUAGUGCUGUACAUAGCCAAAACGUUGGUGCUGGUAACGCUGGAAUUGGAGUUGAUCACGGUUCAGAGAACUCUAUUGGAGAGGAAGCUUCAUUAAGGAAGAGCCAAAAGAGAACAAGAAAGAGGAAAAUGAAAAAGAAACUGAGUUCCAUGGCUGGAUUCUUUGAAAACUUAGUGAAGAAGGUGAUGGAUCACCAAGAGAGUUUGCAUAGAAAUUUCUUGGAAGUAAUCGAAAGGAUGGAUAAAGAGAGAACACAGAGAGAAGAAGCAUGGAGAUGCCAAGAGGCUGCAAAGUACAAUAGAGAAGCCGUCUCUAGAACACACGAGCAAGCUCUAGCUUCAAGUAGAGAGGAACAAAUUGUUUCAUACGUAGAAAAAAUAACAGGACAAAGCAUCGAUCUUCCAGCUAAAAAGACUUCAUUGUUGCUGCAACCAGAAAUUCCAAAAGAACCCACAAAAGAAUCAACGCCUAUAACAACUGACAACCAUAGCAGAUGGCCUAAAGCUGAAGUUGAGGCCUUGAUCCAAGUUAGAAGUAGCAUAGAGACAAAGUUUCAAGAACCUGGCUUAAAGGGUCCUCUAUGGGAAGAGGUAAGCUCUUUAAUGGCUUCCAUGGGUUACCAAAGAAGCCCCAAGAGGUGCAAAGAGAAGUGGGAGAACAUCAACAAGUACUUCAGAAAAACCAAAGAAAGUACAAAGAAGAGGUCUAAGCAGUCGAAAGUUUGCUCUUAUUUUGACCAGUUGGAUCAGCUUUAUUCAAGAUCUUUUAUCAACUCUCCCUCCUUCAACAAGUCCUCUACGCCACUUAGUAGCAGCGAGAUUGAAGUGGAAAAGCAAGGUUAUUCAGGGCUUCUUGAAGCCUUCAUUGCAGGGAGAGACAUUGCAACCUCAACAAAUCCUUCAAAUGGGAACGUGAUAAUUGCAGAAAAGGGAUCUUUUAAAUUGGAACUUGAUAGCAAUAUUAAGGAGAAAGUAGAAGGAGGAAGCUAUGAACAGGAGACAGAAGACCAUGAAGAUGACUUUGACGAGGGUGAAGAGGAUCAAAGCGAGGAAGUUUGAAAAUUUAUCUGAGUUUUAAGAGGCAAAUGGAUAAUUAAGAGAAGAAGGGCAUAUGGGAUGGUACAGUACUUGCCCUGAUCUGCUCCAGCUGAUGCUGUCCCAAUUAAGACUGAUUCUGGCCCAUCAUAGUCAUACACAAAAAAAAAAAGUUGAAUUAAAAUUGGGCCCAGAUCAAACACCAAUUCUACCUUAGUUCAUUUAAUUGCUAAUUAUUAUUGUAUUUGUACAGUACACCUCAGUGCAAUUGAAACUGAAAGAAUUUAUAUCUCUGAGCGCAAUCAUGUGUUGGUUUUGAAAACGAGGCAAAGAAAGACAUUAUUAAAUAGUCCUA